AAAAUGAGGAGGAGAAGAAGAAGACGCUCCCAGUGAAGAAGAAGAAGAAGAAAAAGAAGAAGAAUCAUUUAGAUCAACAAGAGCUCUGUUCUGAAUAUGGGGUCAUACAGACGAAUAGAUUGUAUAUUUUUUAGUGAAUUUCAUCCAACUUUAGGACCAAAGAUCACAUAUCAGGUUCCUGAAGAAUAUAUUUCGAGGGAACUUUUUGAUACUGUGCAGGUGUACAUCAUCACCAAACCUGAACUGCAGAACAAGCUCAUAACGGUGACUGCCAUGGAGAAGAAACUAAUAGGUUGUCCAGUGUGCAUUGAGCAUAAGAAGUACAGCCGGAAUGCCUUGCUCUUCAAUUUGGGUUUAGUAUGUGAUGCCAGAACAAAAACAUGUGCUUUAGAACCUAUUGUCAAAAAACUGUCUGGCUACCUCACGACUCUAGAGCUUGAGAGUGGAUUCAUUUCAAAUGAAGAGAGUAAACAGAAGCUCUUGCCAAUCCUGUCCACACUUCUGGAGGAACUUAAUGUCACGGGAGCCUGCACCCUGCCUAUUGAUGACUCUAAUACCAUCCACUUGAAGCUAAUUGAACAAAGGAAAGAUCCUCUGGUGGUUCAGGAGUAUGAUGUACCUGUAUUUACCAAGAAUAAAGACCACUUUACAAAAUCACAAUGGGAUCUCACCACACAGCAGAUCUUACCCUUUGUAGAUGGGUAUCGACACAUUCAGAAAAUCUCAGCAGAGGCCGAUGUUGAGCUCAAUUUGGUGCGGAUUGCUGUUCAGAAUUUAUUGUAUUAUGAAGUGGUAACUCUGGUAUCCAUAUUCCAGUACUCAAAUGUUUACUGCACAACACCUAAAGUACAAAACUUGAUAGAUAAGAAGUGCCUUCAGGAAGAGUGUAUACAUUAUGUCAGUAAGCUAGGCCAAAGGACAAAUCUCAGGGACGUAUUCCAGUUGUAUUGUGGUCUGACCCCAGGUACGACUGUACGAGACCUCUGUUCCCGCUAUUCUCAUCAGCUACAGAGGGUGGAUGAAAGGAAAUUGAUUCAGUUUGGCUUGAUGAAAGGUCUGAUUCGGCGCCUGCAGAAGUAUCCAGUCAAGGUUGUCAGAGAUGAGAGAAGUCGUCCACCUAGACUCUAUACUGGCUGCCAUAGUUAUGAUGAAAUCUGUUGCAAAACUGGAAUGAGUUACAAGGAGUUGGAUGAGCGUUUGGAGAAUGACCCUAACAUUGUUGUUUGCUGGAAAUAAUGUUGCUGUGACAGAAUUAUAACUACAGACUAUUUCAGUGAAAGAACUCAUCUCUGGCUUUUUGUCCAGUACCUUUAUUUAUUGUAAAUUAAUUGCCUUUGUGUAUAUUUGAAACCAUUAUAGGUCAUAAUACGUAUAUAUAUAGCAAUGAUUUAAGAUGCAAUGAAAUAAUGGGUGUAGUGGGGUCUAAAUCAAUUGUAUGUUUUACCACAGUUUUCUUAAUCAGAGAAAAAAACUGGAAAACAAACAAGAUAGCCCUGUUGAUCUAAAAUACAUGACUUUUAAGAUACCUGGUGCAUUCAUUGUUAAAUUAGGUUUAGAACAAAAAUAAACUAUAAACUGUCAAAAGUUUUUGCUUUUCUGAUCAUGUGUAAACUGCAGUUGCACAAAUGUUUGAUUACAUUAUUCCAAUUAGGUCCAUUUCUGUCACAUCAGUUGCAUCAAAUAUCCUGGUUAACCAAAGACAUUAUGUAUGGACAUGGCAGAGUUUGCGUAAUAGUCUUAAGAUUUUAUUAUUAUUAUUUAACAGUCAGUCAUUUUUAACAAAAACCUUAACUUUUUAAAGGCACAAUGUGUUAUUUUUCUCCGCUAGAGGGUGCGUAUUCAGAAUAAACAAAGAGUCUGGAAUCAUGGGAGUCAUGGUCUUCAUCUCCACAUCCGAUGCAAUCUGAUGGCACUCAGGCAGAAAUCAUGUUCAUGGAUGAGCUAAUCAUUAAUUAACGUAUUAGAAUUGAAGCAGGGUGAGGCCGAAACCGUCUAAGCGAAACGAGCGUGACACACGGCUCAAAAGAACUGGAGCUUUUAUUAUGCCACAGUCGACUGCUUCUGUUCCUUCCACUGUUUAAUCCAUAGACAGUAAAAUACUACAUAGGGGAUGCAUUUGAAAGUUCUGUUGUAAUGCUACUCUGGUGUUGUCGUCAUCUGUCUAAUAAAAAGCAUAUUAAAGUGCAUAUUUUUGUUUUCUACAUAACUUAUUUUAACUAGCAAAUAAUCAAAUGUACAUACAAAAUAGGCAUUGAACAAACAAUAUUACAAAAUGUAACUUGUUUCCUACAAAACAAAACCGGAAAUCAAGGGCUAUGAAGUCAUUGGCAAGCGACACUAUGGAUGCAGUCCGUGUCACUAGGUAAAGUUGAUUAUUUCUCUGGAUUUAAACAUUUUUCAAAACAUUUGGGAUAAUGAAAGUAAACAAAACAGCAAAAUAAUGUUAUAGUGGUUUUUGGAUAUUUAAUAAGAAUUACAUAUUGUGCCUUUAACAAAGUCACUAGAUUGAUAGAACACUUACCAACAUGAAUAUUAAAAUGAACAAACUGCUUAUUUUGAUAAUGCAUUAAGCAUCCUUAAUUGGAAGAGGAAAUGUCUCAACACAGCUGUCAUUUUAACUUGUCAUCCUUUAUUGUUUACCUAUUCCUUUAAAAUAAUGAAAAUACCAUAAAAUGUUUGCAUAUAUUUAAGAAACAUGCUAAGUAAACAUACUUGUUUAUCUGAAAAACAAUGCUACAGUCAGUUAUUCCCCUUUGAAAAUGUGCUUUCCAUGCCGGAAUGUCCAUCUUUGUUUUGGUUUGCCAAACCCUGCCACUGCCAGUUUAACCAAUUGUAUUUCAGCACCCUGGGUUGCCAAUUGGCAGAAAACACAGCAUAUUUCAUUUCAUCCAUCAUCAAGUGCGCUCGUUCCUGUUUGUGUAUACACAUGAAAAAGGCCACACACUUGACCUUAUAUUGUCUUAUGGAUUCCCAUUUCAAAUGUUCAGAUUGAAAAUGUUUCUUUUUCUGACCACAAGCCAAUAUGGUUUAAUAAAAAAAAAUGAUCCCAC